CAAGGAUCGUAUCGCAGCAGUAGGGACUCCGCCGCUUUCUCUCUUGUCAUCAUGGACCCGUCAGGUGGCGACCCGUAUUCGCUGUACAGCGUCGGCCAACAGGCUGGACUGCCCCAGACCCCGAUGAACAACGGCUACCAGCAGCAGCAGUACCAGCAGUAUCAGCAAGGCUCACCCUAUGGUGGAGGAGGCGGCCGAGGCGGCGGCAGAGGAAGAGGUAGAGGCCGUCAAAGUAGAGGCGGAGGUGGCGGAUGGGGAGGAGGAGGCGGUAUGGCGAGCUCUGGAUCUAUGCAAGAAGACAGACAGAGGGCAGACGAGGAGAGAGCUCGCAGGGUACGAGAGAGGAUCUACAAGAUGGGAGAGACGGACAAUGGAGAGGACUUCUUCCCUCAGAGCGACCUCUUCACCAUCAAGAAGUGGAUCGAGGAAGAGGGGCGAAAGGGCAAUGCACAAGAGCAGAUGAUCCUCAAGGCCUUCCGCGUCAUGGUCACAGAGCAGCCCCAUAAGACGCCCCUCGUAGCUGCCCUCCUCGGCUUCCUGAUCAUCUCACCCGAAGGACAGAGGUCAUCGAGGGCCGAAGAUGGGGACAAUGCGAUGUCCGGCAGCUCUCAGGAAAUUCCAGAGAGCUUGGGCGUGAAGAUCGGCAAAGAUCUCGUCAAGGCCUUCCGCUCACACUUGCACUCGAGGCUGUGGAGGAAUGUGCGACUCUCACUCAACUUCUUCGCUUCUCUGGCGCCUCUGGGCAUCGUCACUCCCUCCUCGAUGCGAACUCUUCUCUCGGCCUUCUCGAUGGUACUGAACGAGCCAGGCGUCACAGUGGACCGUGGAGAUCGCGCAGCAAUGUGUAUCAUUGAAGUCCUGUGUCGAUCUGGCUCCGACCUCAUCCGGCCGGACCUACUAGCCUCUGAUGAUGACUCGAAUGCUCUGCAAAUAGACGACGCAGCGCUGCAAGAAGUCAAUGGCAUGGUCGAGGCAGUCGAAGCAUAUGCGAAGGGCAGGAGAGGUGAGACUAGUCUCAGACGUGCCUGGGCCCCAUCCACCGGCGAAGAGGCAGACAAGGACCCGCUACACGAAGAGGGCUUCGAGCAAGCCGUUGAAGCGCUGCUGUUGCUGCGCUCUCGACAGUACAAGGCUCCUGCUUUUUUACCUGCCGCAACGGACCUGCUACCGCCAGCCAUCGUUUCUAUCUCACGAGACCUCCUCCGCGGUCGAGGAGAGAUGUCUUCAGAUCAGUACCAGAUUGCGCUGCCUGAAGUGCUGGUCCCUCCCGAGGAAGAUGACUCUGAAGGGUUCAGCUUCGGCGGCGACUACCUUAAGGACGGAAAGCCAUCGAAGUCUCGGGGCCGCAAGAAGGGAGUGACUCUAGAGAAGGCUGACGAAGAAGUGAAGCGAGCUGGAGCUGGUCCCGAGAAGACGGCCGUCUUUGCUCGGUGGUUCGUCGAGUCUACGCCCCUCGUCGGGACUCCUUCGGCUGUUGUACUGCGUUCCCUCGUCAACGAGAUCAUCGACUUGUACGAGGUCAACAGGAAAGAGUGCGCACGUAUUCUUUUCAGCAUCGCCAAGUGGUUGAGAAAGGGAACCUUUGCUGGCAAAGCCGUCAGUCCCGAUACGGGACUGUUCGGAGACGCAGAGGACAUUGAAUGGGUGACUGCCGAUCCACAGGAUCCUCAAGGAGGUUGGACCAUCGACGAUGUUAUUGUAGAGUGUAUCCUGUCCGCGUCGCUGCUGCUACCCCAAGCUCCACACGUUCCGCUAUACUACCACUCUCUGCUCAGAGAGAUCACUACUCUUAGCCCGCAGACUCUGGCUCCCGCCAUCGGCAGGACCGUCCGUCGUAUCUAUGGCGCGUCGAGGACUGGCCGUGUCUCCUCAGAAGUCCUCAAGAGAUUCGCAGAAUGGUUCAGUGCGCAUCUCAGCAACUUCAACUUCUCCUGGGGCUGGAAGGAGUGGAUCCCAGACAUGAGGUCGACGCACUCCCAUCCCGCCAAGGCAUUUGCUAGAAGAGUUGCCGAGCUAGAGAUCAGGCUCGCGUACUACGAUCGCAUCAAAGGAACAUUGCCAGAGGAGAUUCAGGAGGGUGUACUGAAGCCUGAAGAGCCCACCCCGUGUUUCACAUAUGAGAGCCCAGAACACCCCUACCAUGCUCGAGCCACUGCUCUGAACAACUCUCUUCGAGCUCGAGCUACAGCUCCUGUGGUUUUAGCCGAGUUGGAAUCUCUCAAGCGAGACCUCAUUGCAGCCGACUCGACUUUCCCAGACGAGGACGAUCCGAUGACCAGCGGCAAAGUCUCAACAGAGGCCCAAGCAGACAUCAUCGUGAGGGACAUUAUGACGCAGGUGGUGCUUCACAUCGGAUCGCGAAGUUUCUCCCACUUCCUCAAUAUCGUCGAGCGCUAUCAUGCUCUUCUGCGUCAGCUCUCGUCCACACCUUCGAUGAGACUGGCCAUCCUAACUUCCACUACUCGCUUCUGGGCCAGAUCUCCACAGUGGGUGAUGAUCGUUCUAGACAAGCUGAUGCAAUAUCGCAUUGUGGAGCCAGCAGAUGUCAUUGCCUUUGUUUUUGACCCACCCACCGCCGAGAGUCUGCCUCGCACCAUCCUCUCCACGAGCGGAGACGCCGCUCCUGGCUCCUUCAGCAAGCUCAUCGCUCUCCCUGGCGGACAGUACACCAGGGACUGGUCCAACUUCGAUUGGUUCGAGAUCAUUCGUCUGACAAUCGAAAAGGUCAAUGGCCGUGUGGGACAAGUCCGCAGGAGAUUGGCUAGACUACAGCGAGAGGAAGCUGAAGAGGCCGAGAGAAAGGAAGCGGCAGCUGCAGCAGCUGCGGAGACUACCGAAGAUGGUUCUGCACCUGCUACUGCUAGCACUCCGGUCCCCAAGGUGCCCUUCUCCUUCCCAACCUCUGCUUCCCUUCCCCGCCGACCCGAUCUGGGCGCUGUCCCAAGUGCUGCAUCUCCUAGCGGUGCAGCGGCUGACAAGAAUGCCGCCGACGACCCUGCCAAGAAGAAGAAGGAAGAAGAGGAGAAGCGUCAGACCGUUGAAGAGACCAAGUCGGCCCUCGAGUCGAUCUUGUCCGAGCAACGUAAAGUCCUCGCUGGCGCCUUCAAAGGACUCGCAGACCACUAUCGGCGCACCAGCACUCUUGCUUCGUCGGCAGCCGCUACUGCUGCAGGUGGUGGUGAUGAAGAAGGAGAGGAGGGAGCCGAAGUGGAUGAAGAAGUCGAGGAAUUGGAAUGGAAGGCGUGGUGGGCACGCGAAUGGUAUCUUGCCUACCUACGACAAUUCAACAGGGACUUUGCUACUAUCCAGGAGACGCUCUCGGCCGUCUUCGUUGGACAGUACAACCCUACCGGUAGUGUAGAGGGAGCUACGGAUGAUGUGAGGGCACUCUUUGAAGAGGCAUGUCGGAUGGCGUACGAGUAAGAGUGUCAACUGCGUAGAAGAUGGGAGGUAUACAUGUACUGGAGAAGAGGGUCAGAAAUCAAAAGCAUUUGAUAUAUCUCAGGCAGAUUUGGAUCUCACACUGCCUUCUUGGUGGCUUGGUCGAUAAAUUGAAGAAGGAAUUAGUGAUGACGCAAUCUUUUGGGAGAAGAAGGUGACGACGAUGGUAUCUAAACGAUUGCUACAGAUGGAGCUUUGAGCUUGCUUGGCCCUUCUUUCCGACUCCCUCUCUUGCACAGCCAUUGCCC